CAUAAAAAUUAAAGAGUCGUUGACUGUCACGGCCCUGAUUCUUACGAGUUUGAAUUCCUUGCUUGCUUGCCCUGUGGGUUGUAUCGAUCGACGCCGCACAACGCUGAAUGCCAUCCGGUUGGAAUCGGGGACCGUCGAGCGAAUGGCAGGUGUGGGGCAAGACAGGCCAAAAGAUCUACGGCGAGAAAGUGGGGGUUGAAUACCCUGAGAAUCCUCUGCGGUUCGCCAUCUUCUGCCAGGCUGCACUUCAGGCGCCCUUGCUCCUCCAUUUGGCGGAGGACACGGGUCUGUCGUCCCCGUACGGGGAGGAUGUGGUCUUUGUUGUCAAUGAUUGGCACGCCGCCCUUGUUCCUCUAUACCUGAAGAGCAGAUUUCAGCCCAGAGGCACGUACGCAAACGCCAAGGUUGCGAUGUGUGUGCACAAUCUGGCAUAUCAAGGCCAGUUUGAUGAAUCUGAGUUCGAAUACAGCACCCUGGACCUCCCUGCGGAGUUUCGGCCAGCAUUCCAGCAACAAAUUCCAGUUGUUGCAUCGACAGGCGGUUUUCUGGACUCAGUUCGCGACGGUGUAACCGGCCUGCACCUGGGCAGGUUCGGCGUCAAGCCGGAAGGAGGAGCAGAGGACGUCAUCAAGGCUGUGAAGGGAUUAAAGCGGGCAAUUGAGGUGUUCUCGACCCCUCACUUCAGACGCAUGGUCGUGGCUGCCAUGUCGCAGGACCUCUCCUGGAAGGGUCCUGCCCGGGCUUGGGAACAAGCGUUGUUGAGUCUGUCUAAGGACGCACGGAAGGAAGGAAGAGAGACGACUGAGGUGUUUCCCGGAGAGAAGGUGGAGAAACACAUCCCAGCAAGAGGUGCAGCGAAGGAGACCCUGCCUGCAACCGUCAGUCGUUGAUAGCGAAAAGUACUCAUCAUGCUGU